AUGCCGUCGAUCCGCAGCCUCCUCUAUUUCACGCUCUCUUUCCCCCUUCUUGCCCUGGCUGGCAACUACACCCUGUCCGACAACUACCAGGGCAACGACUUCAUCACCCAGUUCGACUUCUUCUCGGGCGAAGAUCCUACGCACGGCUUCGUCAACUACGUCAACCAAACCGUCGCGAAGCAAACCGACCUCGUACAGGUCUCUGGGACAAAUUUCACUAUGCGCGCGGACGAUCAAGCCGUUGUUCCGGAGGGCGCUCGCGGCCGCGACUCUGUGCGCAUCUCAUCGCAGAAGGCGUACAACACCCACGUUGCGGUCUUCAACGUGGCGCACAUGCCGACCGGCUGCGGAACAUGGCCCGCGAUCUGGGAAGUUGAGGGUCAAAACUGGCCUCUCGGCGGUGAGGUCGACAUCGUCGAGGGUGUCAACCUCGCGACGCAGAACACCGUCUCUUUGCACACUGGCCCCAAUUGCUCUGUCCCGUCCGUUCGCACCGCGAUGACUGGCAACCCGCUGAACAACGACUGCAACUCGUCCGGAACCUCCAACGCGGGCUGCAACGUCGAGUUAACCCCUGCGGACAACUAUGGCCCGACCUUCAAUUCCAACGGCGGUGGCUUCUACGCAAUGGAGCGCACUGACACGAUGAUCUCCGUUUGGUUCUGGUCGCGAGACUCCGACGAGAUCCCGAACGAUGUUUUCAACGGUCUCGACACGGUUGACCCUACCACCUGGGGCACGCCCGCUGCACUCUUCCCGAACAACCAGUGCAACAUCGAAGAGUCUUUCGGCGCACACAACAUCGUGAUCAACCUGACGUUCUGCGGUGACCUCGCAGGCUCGCAGUAUGGACAAUCUGGUUGCCCCUCUACUUGCAAUGACUUCGUGAAGAACAACCCGGAGGCGUUCAGCGAUGCCAUGUUCCAGAUCAUGUGGGCCAAGGUGUACGAGUGA